GUAAAACAAAACAGUUUUUGAAAAAUUGUGGCUAGAGAUUGUUUUGCUGUGGUUAUAGAAAAUCAUAAGUCCUCACUAUAAAAUGCAAUUUGCAGUAGGUGGAAACAAACCUGUAGUAGAUAGUUGUGUGAAUUUCUGUUUCGAAGCUUGAAGAGAUACAUCACCCGUAUGAUUGGACAUUUGAGAUCUGUCGGUGAAAUUCAAAUCAGAAUGAAAAUGUCCUUUUAUAAAAGUAUGAAGUAGACUAAUGAUUGUUGAAUUUCACCGUCUCAUCACGGAAUGAACUAAUCGAUAUCAAAUCCAGCAUGUCAGUACAGAGUGUUCUUGCAAAAAUUAAACUCAUAAAAGUUGCACUGAAUUUAACUUCAAAUGCGUCAUCUUCGAUAUCCAGAAACAACACCAGUGAGUUAGCUGUAAAUUGGACUCCUAAAUAUUACGAUAAAUUUCAGGAAAAUUCUACUUUACUAAACGCUACCAUCAUAUUUUUCUAUGCUUUGAUAAUAAUUGUGUCACUAUUUGGAAAUAUAAUUGUUUGUAAAAUAGUAUUUACUGGCUCUAGUAAAAAGUCUACAACGAAUUUAUAUAUUGGAAAUCUUUCCAUAUCAGAUCUUAUGAUGACUAUCCUCAACAUACCUUUGGAGUUGACUGAAAUCUUAUGUCGUAACUGGCCACUCGGUUUUUUCCUCUGCAAAUGUUUGCCGCUUUUCAGAGGAAUGUCAGUCUCUGCUUCCACAUUGACUUUGGCAUUCAUUGCCUUAGAUAGAUUUCAAGUCAUUGCUCAUCCACUAAAACCACGGCCAAGUUAUAAAACUACGAUUUACAAAAUAGUACUCAUAUGGUUUACCGCUUUCAUUUUAUCUUUCCCUUAUUCACUCAUGAGUCAUGUUACUAAUGAGCUAACAUAUGAAUAUGUAAUUCGCUGUGAAAUGAAAUAUCCAUCUCCUGACUACAAGUAUCGACAGAUUUUCACAUUAAUAGCGUUAGGUCUACAAUUCGCUGGACCACUAACAAUAAGCAUUAUCAUUUACGUAAAAAUAUGCUUAAUAAUUUGGAACAGAAAAUCCAUAGGAUCAGUUACAUUGGAUCAACAGAUAUAUCAACGAGAAGCAAAAUGGAAAACAAUAAAAAUGCUUGUCAUAGUUCUCAUCACUUUUGUAAUAUGCUGGUUGCCUAUGAACAUAUACCAUACUUAUCAAGACGCUCGGGGGGAAACGGAUUUUAGAAAGCACAAUUCCAUUGUUUGGCUUAUAUGCGACUGGUUUGCUAUGAGUAGUGUAUGUUGCAAUCCUUUCAUAUACUGCUGGCUAAAUGACAAAUUUCGAAAAGUUGCUAAAUCGCAUCUGCAAUGGAUUCUUUCUGUCAGAAGAAUAAAAUCUCAGAAAAAAGCAUCGCAUUUUCUGGCCCGAAGUUAUAAAAUGCAAUUAACUGUUUCUAGGAACACAAAUUCUUCUUUGAAAUUUUCCACGUUCAGUUCUCAGUCAAGAGAAUUCCAUACCGUGGGAUAUGAGAAACAAUUAUCAAUUCAUGCUACAACAAACGAUGAAAAUUCCAAUCAAACUUUAAGUCAUGAAACUUCGGCUAAAACAACAGGAGAUGCAAUUUGCAGAUCUAAACAGUCUCCUAACAGAAACAAUUUAACUCAGAAACAUUAUCUUUUUAAAGAGAAAAGGUACAAAAACUCAACUGAACCGGAAACAUUUGUGUAGGUUGGUUACCAGACUCUUCACGGAUCUAAAAAGACGGGAAAGCACAUUUAAUCCCUCUCAUGUAUCAUAAAUUCAAGAAACAGAAUAUGAUGCUUGGAAGAAUUUUGUAUUAU